GUAAACUUGCUCCAAUGUCUUAUGAAAAGCACUCAAAUCGGCUAGUUGGGUCUAAACCAACUAAAUGGAGAAAUAGCGACAACUACUUGGUGAAGGAACAAAACUGUAAAACCAUAAAAUGGAGGCUUAAAGAACUUUACAGAGAGUGUCACACAAACAACACGUGCAAACCAGAAGACCUUGAUGACUGGAUCAACUACUUUCUGUACAUGGCAGCAAGUCAUGGAUCUGAAGAAGUGUGUGAAUAUCUCCUAACAGAACAUGGAGCAAACCCAACAGUCAAGUACACCAAAGGACAAAGUGCCAUCCACAAUGCCGCUAGAUGUGGCCAGGUUCGUGUACUGAAACUCUUUGCUGCCAAGCACUGGUCAUUGGAUGAAUCAGAUGACAGUGGGAAUUCUCCUUCAGCUUGGGCUCAAAGACACAACCAACAGGAAUGUGUACAACUUCUGCAACAAUGGUACCAAUCUAAACAAGGAUUUAAUAAAGAAAAUAGGAAAACCACUCAAAGUGGUAAGAAUGCUGCUACAAUUGCCAGUAACAAUGAUGUCAAAAACGACGAGGUUAAUCACACCUUAGAAAAUCAAGAAAAGUUUUAUUGCACAGCAUCAAGAGCUGCACAGUUGCUAAACAUGGCGAAUGGAAGAUCAUCAAGUGACAACACCUUUAUGAACAGAGAUGAUUUUGAGAUGAAGGUGUUCUCUGACAUUUGGUGCAACAGUAACCCUACCAUGCAAUGUUGGCCAGACAGUAUUGAAAUGUCUACUGAACAUUAACUCUGUACAAAGAAACUAAGAAUCAAGUAUCAACUACAUUAUCAAAUGUACAUUAUGACAAAUGUCUGUAUAUUAAAUAUUUAAACUGUUGUCUAGAUCUUUACUGGACACAUACCAUCAUAUAUGUACAUAUCAUGUCUUGUUGACAAUAGCUGUUGUGAACAUGCCAUGCAAACUUUCAUUGUCGUCUUUUACUGUAAGACACAACUUGAUUUACUCAUAACAAUUUACUGUAGGACACAACUUGAUACCGUAUACUGACAAGAAAUUUGGUUGGAUAAGGAAUACCUUGUGCAAGCUUCUCCUGAAGAGAUUUGGUAGCCGCUCAAUGGUACUGCUUUGCCAACUGAAAUUGAAAUGUCACUACUGCAACAUUA